CUCCCGGCAGGCUCCGGCGGAGCCGGGUGGCCGGGCGGGAGCGGGCGCCGCGGGCCGCGAGCUCCGCAUUCGAACCUCCCUCGCAGACAGUCUCCGCCCCACAAUGCACCGCGGCGGGCAGCCUUUGAAAAAGCGGCGCGGCUCGUUCAAGAUGGCGGAGCUCGACCAGUUGCCUGACGAGAGCUCUUCAGCAAAAGCCCUUGUCAGUUUAAAAGAGGGAAGUUUAUCUAACACAUGGAAUGAAAAGUACAGUUCUUUACAGAAAACUCCUGUUUGGAAAGGCAGGACUACAGGCCCUGCUGUAGAAAUGCCUUUCAGAAAUUCAAAAAGAAGUCGACUCUUUUCUGAUGAAGAUGACAGACAAAUAAAUACAAAGUCACCUAAAAGAAACCAGAGGGUUGCAAUGACCCCACAAAAAAAAAAAACAACAAUGUCAACACCAGAUAAGAAAGCUUCACAGAAAAUUGGUUUUCGAUUACGGAACCUCCUCAAGCUUCCCAAAGCACAUAAAUGGUGCAUAUAUGAGUGGUUCUAUUCAAAUAUAGACAAACCACUUUUUGAAGGCGAUAACGACUUCUGUGUAUGUCUAAAGGAAUCUUUUCCUAAUUUGAAAACAAGAAAAUUAACAAGAGUAGAAUGGGGAAAAAUCAGACGGCUAAUGGGAAAACCACGCAGAUGUUCUUCUGCAUUUUUUGAGGAAGAGAGAUCAGCAUUAAAACAGAAACGGCAGAAAAUCAGGCUCUUACAACAAAGGAAAGUUGCAGAUGUUUCACAAUUUAAAGAUCUCCCAGAUGAAAUUCCUCUACCCUUGGUUAUUGGAACCAAAGUUACAGCGCGAUUACGUGGUGUACACGAUGGCCUGUUUACUGGACAGAUAGAUGCUGUGGACACUCUUAAUGCUACUUAUAGAGUAACUUUUGAUAGGACAGGCCUUGGGACUCACACCAUCCCUGACUAUGAAGUUCUUAGCAAUGAGCCUCAUGAGACAAUGCCAAUUGCUGCCUUUGGACAAAAACAACGGCCUUCUCGGUUUUUUAUGACUCCACCACGAUUACAUUAUACUCCUCCUCUCCAGUCACCAAUUACAGAUAGUGAUCCUUUAUUAGGACAGUCUCCUUGGAGAACUAAAAUUUCUGGCUCUGACACUGAAACAUUAGGAGGUUUUCCAGUAGAAUUCCUUAUCCAAGUGACUAAACUAUCAAAAAUUCUCAUGAUUAAAAAAGAACAUAUUAAGAAAUUAAGGGAAAUGAACACAGAAGCAGAAAAGCUGAAAUCCUAUUCUAUGCCCAUUAGCAUUGAAUUUCAGCGAAGAUAUGCAACAAUUGUUCUAGAGCUUGAACAGUUGAACAAGGACCUAAACAAAGUUUUGCAUAAAGUUCAGCAGUAUUGCUAUGAGCUUGCACCAGACCAGGGGCUCCAGCCUGCAGACCAGCCAACAGAUAUGAGACGGAGGUGUGAGGAAGAAGCACAGGAAAUUGUCCGGCAAGCCAACUCCUCUACAGGACAGCCCUGUGUUGAAAACGAAAAUCUGACAGACUUAAUCUCUAGGCUUACAGCUAUUUUACUACAAAUUAAGUGUCUAGCAGAGGGAGGAGACCUGAAUUCCUUUGAAUUCAAAUCACUCACAGAUUCAUUGAAUGACAUCAAGAAUACAAUAGAUGCUUCUAAUAUCAGUUGCUUUCAGAAUAAUGUAGAAAUCCAUGUUGCACAUAUCCAGAGUGGCCUAAGCCAGAUGGGAAAUUUACAUGCCUUUGCCGCCAACAACACCAACAGAGACUAAGCAGGAGACCUGGACCCAACUGUACAAGAUGUUGGCCUAGGAGUUGUUUUCCUUUAUCUGGGCUUCCAACACCAAAUAACCUAUCUGCAGGAGAUUGGGGGAGUGUGCUCUCCAGAUAGGGCAUUUUCUACACUGUACUGCUGCUUCAACCAGCAUUGCUGACCAGCAUUUAUUUAUUUUUUCUUUCAUUAUUCAGAUGCAGGAGUGUUGCUUAUAUGACAUGUUUAUUAGCAAAUAUUUUAAAGCUGAAACUAUCUGAACAUACUUCAUGGAAGAAAGUGUUCACCUUUUUUUUUAAAUGUGCAUGAAUCCACUCAGCACAUGCAGACAACUGCUACAACAGAGAACAGGAAGAAACACGGUUUUGGGUGCAUGAUGGUGGCAGUGAAAUUCCAUCUGGAAAUCCCCAUUCCGGUGGAUCUUGUUGGUCCUGUCUUCAAAGAAUACCAUCGUGAGCGUGGGAAGUCCUGGUUUUAAGGAAGCCAGAGGAAUGUAGAUGGAAAUGCGGACUCCACAAGUGUAUAUUCCAUAUACUUACAGUGUGACAUGGUUCUACAGAUCAAUUUAUAAUAAUAAAUAUUUUAAUUUAUCAUAAUUUAUAAAAGCUUUGUUGUUUAUUAAAAGAAAAUGAAGGAGCAGGAAAAAAUUUACUGCAAAAUGCUGAAUUUCAGCAAGUGGAUUUGGCAUGCCUUUCCCAUUAAUUCAGGGCAAAAAGUGCUAUUGUUAUGAGAUUUAUUUUAAAAAAAGACUGAGAACACACUAUUUUCAUAAUUUUUUGUUUAUUUGCACAACUUUAAACCAGAUUACUGGUUAAAAUCCAACAGUACACAAUUUAUAAAGUAAAAUAUUUUAUAAAGAAUACAAAUAUAACCAGUGUUGUGAAAUACAGAAGAAAGGUUUGGUUUGGGUUGUUUUUUUAUUUUUUGUUUUAAAGAAAAACCCUGCCUAAAAUAAUCUUGUAAAAAGUAUGUAUUUCAAAUUUUUUGUUUUAAUAUAGAAUAUUAUAAAGCCAAAAUAUAAUAAAUUGUUUUCAGAUUUGGAGUUUAAAAUAUAGCUAUAGAGGUGAUUUUGAUUCUUUCAGAUGUCUCAUAAAAUGAGACUUUUUGUAUGUUAAUGUAUAUAAUACUGAAAUAAGAUUAUUUUCCAUUUGAAAUUUUUGUAUAGUUUAAAAGCGCUUCUGUAUUCUUUGUUGGUAUUGCGCCACUGCAGAACUUUAGUGCAGAGUAUAUUUAGCUAAACUGUUAUGUUACUUAAGAAAUGCAUAAAUCUUUUAUUCUUAAUAUUUGUAAUUCUAAAUAAAUUGAUUUAUGAAAUUUAA